AUGGCUAAGCAGCAACGGCCUGUGGAGCCUGUAACUCCGGCGGUGCAGAAGCGUAAGCUGAACUACUCAGGAAACACUGCAUUACAUGACUGUGCAGAAUCUGGAAAUUUAGAGAUCAUGAAGAUGCUUCUCAAGUAUUGUGCGAAGAUGGAAAAGGAUGGCUAUGGAAUGACUCCUCUUCUGUCAGCCAGUGUGACAGGCCACACAAAUAUUGUGGACUUCCUGACCCAACAUGAACAGACUAGUAAGAUAGAAUGUAUAAAUGCUCUGGAACUUCUAGGAGCAACAUUUGUGGACAAAAAGAGAGAUCUGCUUGGUGCUUUGAAAUACUGGAAGCGAGCUAUGGAAAUGAGAUACAAUGAUAGGAUUAGUAUCCUGAACAGACCUGUACCACAAACACUAAUUAUGGCCUAUGAUUAUGCUAAAGAAGUAAACAGCUUAGAAGAGCUAGAAAAUCUUAUUGCAGAUCCUGAUGAGAUGAGAAUGCAAGCACUAUUAAUUGGAGAACAUAUUCUUGGUCCUUCUCACCCAGAUACAUCCUACUAUAUUAGGUACAGAGGUGCUGUCUAUGCAGACUCUGGAAACUUUAAACGAUGCAUCAACUUAUGGAAAUAUGCUUUGGACAUGCAGCAGAGCAAUCUAGAUCCACUGAGCCCUAUGACAGCCAGCAGUUUGCUAUCAUUUGCUGAACUCUUCUCCUUCAUGCUGCAGGACAAGGCAAAAGGCCUGCUAGGCGCUACUGUCACAUUUGAUGAUCUAAUGGGUAUACUAUGCAAAAGUGUUCUCGAAAUAGAGCGGGCUGUGAAACAAAUCCAGUGUCCUCACGAUCCAAUACAGCUAAACAAAGCACUUUCGAUCAUUUUGCAUUUAAUUUGCUUGUUGGAAAAAGCACCAGAACAGGAGCAUUUUAAGAAACAGACUAUAUAUAAGUUUCUUAAGCUUCAGCCUAGAGGGAAGAAUAACUUCAGUCCACUUCACCUUGCUGUUGACAAGAAUACUACAUGUGUGGGUUGCUACCCAGUUUGUAAAUUCCCCUCUCUACAAGUUACUGUUAUCUUGGUGGAAUGUGGUGCUAAUAUAAAUGUCAGAGACUCUGAUAACAACAGUCCUUUACAUAUUGCUGCACUGAACAACCAUCCAGGCAUCAUGAAUUUUCUUAUCCAGUCAGGUUCACACUUUGAUGCCACAAACUUGCAUAAACAAACUGGAUCCCCUCCCUUGACCAGCUGA